UGGCAACAUCUUCAAAAUCCAAAAUGGCAGAAUGCGACUUCGGUGUGUUAUCAUGUGAGCCAAGGGAAUAAUGUUUUCUUGAAUUUUAUGGUCGUAAGUGGAUUUUAAAAUUGUGUAUCAGUGAAUUGUGACAUAAUAAACCAUGGCGGACCUUAAAUCGCCGCCGUAUAGUGAUAUUAAAAGACCUGAAGAAGUGGUCAGGAUGACGACGAACGAUAGCCUGAAAUUCGCAGUUCUUAUCGGGCUAAUUGAAGUCGGACAGGUGACCAACCGGGAGGUGGUGAACACCGUCCUACAUCUGCUUGUGGGCGGCGAGUUCGACAUGGAGUUAAACUUUGUGAUACAAGACGCGCAAAACAUACAACACAUGUUAGAACUGCUCGACCACUGCCCACCCAGCUUACAGGCGGAAAUAUGGUCCGUUUUCAUUGCAAUUCUACGCAAGAGUGUACGAAAUCUACAAGCGUGUACAGAUGUGGGCCUCAUACAUCACGUGCUGCAGAGGCUACCCCGAGCGGAAACAGUCGUCGCUGAUUUACUGAUCGAGAUGCUUGGCGUCCUGGCCAGUUACAGCGUUACGGUGAAAGAACUCAAGCAACUGUUUAGUGCCAUGAAAGCUGUUAAUGGAAAAUGGCCGCGUCACUCUGCUAAGCUGCUGAACGUGCUCCGGCAGAUGCCGCACCGGAACGGACCAGACGUGUUCUUCAGCUUUCCCGGAAGAAAAGGAUCGGCGAUAGUGCUGCCGCCGCUGGCUCGCUGGCCGUACGAGAACGGGUUCACGUUCACCACGUGGUUCCGCCUCGACCCCAUCAACUCCGUCAACAUUGAGCGGGAGAAGCCAUAUCUAUACUGCUUCAAGACGAGUAAAGGCGUGGGCUAUACGGCGCACUUCGUCGGCAACUGUCUCGUGCUCACGUCAAUGAAGGUGCGAGGCAAAGGGUUCCAGCACUGUGUCAAAUACGAAUUUCAACCUAGAAGGUGGUACGCGAUAGCAGUGGUGUACAUAUACAACAGAUGGACCAAGUCCGAGAUCAAAUGCCUGGUGAACGGGCAGCUCGCCUCCAGCACCGAGAUGGCUUGGUUCGUCUCCACGAACGACCCCUUCGACAAGUGCUACAUCGGCGCGACGGCGGAGCUGGACGAGGAGCGCGUGUUCUGCGGGCAGAUGGCCGCCAUCUAUCUGUUCGGAGAGGCGCUCACCACGCACCAGAUCUGCGCCAUGCACAGGCUCGGGCCCGGAUAUAAGAGUCAAUUCCGUUUCGACAACGAAUGCAACAUCAGUUUGCCGGAGAAUCAUAAAAGGGUGAGCGAGAUUACCGCUCCCAAGCUUGACAACGCUGAUGCCCCCAAUCCCGAUCCCGAAACCAUUCCCCAAACCCCCGAGAUACAGGCGCCCGACGAAGAAAAGCCCCCUCCUGAGGAAGAGACCAAGGCUGCAGACCCUGAAGAAGCAUGUGUAGUAGUGAAGGAAGACGCGACUCCCCGCGGGCGGCGCUUGGCCGACGAGGCGCGCGAAGUGGCCGCCGCGCAUGCCUCCAUGCUCGUAGAUAUUGAAGCAUGCAAGCGUGUCCUGUACGACGGUAAGCUGUCGUCCGGGAUAGUGUUCAUGUACAACCCCGUGGCGACGGACGGCCAGCUGUGUCUGCAGUCCGCGCCCAAAGGAAACGUCUCAUACUUCGUGCACACGCCGCACGCGCUCAUGCUGCAGGUAAAUGAUAAAAUUGAAGUAAAAGCAGUGGUGACGCAUUCGAUACACAGUGCGUUAAAUUCAAUCGGCGGCGUACAAGUCCUGUUCCCGCUGUUCGCUCAGUUGGACCUGCCCCAUGAUGCCCCCGCCACAGACCCCAAGCGGGACCCCAUGCUCUGCUCGAAGCUGCUGGGGUUCGUUUGCUCGCUGGUGGAGUCGUGCAGCACGGUGCAGCAGCACAUGCUGCAGUGCCGCGGCUUCCUCGUCAUCUCGCACAUGCUGCAGCGCUGCAGCCGCGACCACCUCACACCCGACACGCUCGCCUCCUUCCUGCAUCUCACCAAACAUCUUGUCACCUGCUGCUCUCCUAAUUCUGAUCUGUUGCUCAAGCAGCUGUUGGACCACAUUCUGUUCAACCCGGCGCUGUGGAUCCACACGCCGGCGGCCGUGCAGGCCCGCCUGUACUGCUACCUGGCCACCGACUUCCUCGCCGACGCACACAUAUACGGCAGCGUGAGGCGCGUCAGCACUGUCCUACAAACAGUACACACACUCAAGUUCUACUACUGGGUUGUGAACCCGAGAGCGAAGAGUGGAAUCACACCGAAGGGAUUGGGUGAGUACGAGGGACCCCGGCCCGCUCACAAGGACAUCCUCACGAUCCGUGCAUACAUUCUGCUGUUCCUGAAACAAUUAAUUAUGAUCGGUAACGGCGUCAAAGAAGACGAACUCCAGUCCAUACUGAACUAUCUGACUACUAUGCAUGAGGAUGAGAAUUUGCACGACGUUUUGCAAAUGUUAAUAUCUCUGAUGUCUGAACAUCCAAGUUCUAUGGUACCAGCUUUUGAUGCUAAGGGCGGAGUCAGGACAAUUUUCAAACUUCUGUCGUCAGAAAGUCAGCUGAUCAGAUUACAGGCACUAAAGUUAUUAGGAUUCUUCCUCAGUAGAAGCACACACAAUGUGUACAGACGCAAAUACGACGUGAUGUCUCCACACAACCUGUACACGCUGCUGGCCACGCGGCUGGGCGCCAGCGGCGAGGGCCUGGCGUUGCCGGUCUACAACGCGCUGUACGAGCUGCUCACCGAGCACGUCGGACAGCAGAUCCUCUACACCAGCCAUCCUGAACCGCAGCCUCACUUCCGAUUGGAGAAUCCGAUGAUCCUGAAAGUAGUGGCGACGCUGAUCCGCCAGUCGAAGCAGACGGAGCAGCUGCUGGAGGUUAAGAAGCUGUUCCUGUCAGACAUGACUCUGCUGUGCAGCAACAACCGCGAAAACCGCAGGACCGUGCUGCAGAUGUCCGUGUGGCAGGAAUGGUUGAUAGCAAUGGCGUACAUCCACCCUAAAAACGCGGAGGAGCAGAAGAUCUCGGACAUGGUGUACUCACUGUUCCGCAUGCUGCUGCACCAUGCCAUCAAACACGAGUACGGUGGCUGGCGCGUGUGGGUCGACACGCUCGCCAUUGUACACUCCAAGGUUUCAUACGAAGAGUUCAAGCUACAGUUCGCGCAGAUGUACGAGCACUACGAGCAGCGGCGCGCGGACAACAUCACGGACCCGGCCGAGCGCCAGCAGCGGCCCAUCUCCACCAUCUGCGGCUGGGAGCCCGCGCCGCAGCACCUGCACCACGCCGCGCAGACCGAGAUCGGCGCCGGCCUCAGCCUGCGGGACGUCGACACCUGCCGCUGCGACCCGCAGCAGCCCGCCGCGCCCGCCGCGCCCGCCGCGCCCGCGCAGCCCGCGCCCGUGUACAGCGAGGUGUGCCGCCUGCACAGCCCCGCGCGGCGCCCGCCCGACGCCGCCGAGCUGGAGCACGCGGUGGACGAGCCCGCGUGUCCGCCGCCGCCCGCAGACCCCGCGCCGCCCGCCCCGCCCGACCACACCCACCCGGCCGAGCUCAGCCCGACCCCCGCCGAGGAGGACCCCAAGCUGCUGGAGGACCCCGAGUCCGGCGUGGGCACGCUGGAGAAGAGUGACGAACCCCUGUCCCGUCAGGGAAGCCUGGACUAUAUCCCGGUGCGAGACGUGGGCUCGGCGGCGGAGCGCAGCGAGGGCCUGCCGUCCAGCCUGUCCGCCAGCGAGAGCGCCAGCCCCGCCCGCGCGCCCGCGCAGCGGGAUUCCGAGUUGUCAGACCGCUCCGAACUGUACCUCACGCCCAGCGAGGCCACCAGCCCCAAGAAAUCUCAAGACAAGACUGACGACGAGACCGACGAUCCCAAGCGCGUCGCCAUCAACAUUGUGAAUGACGUGCUCACCAUAGCGCUAGAAACUGUGAGGUUAAAGACUGACGACGACACCGACUCGGGGGCCAUCUCCGGCGGCCUGCACUCCGAAGGUAACACUCCCAACGGACGGGACGACUUCGAGCAGGAAAUAGAAGAGAUCGUCGAUGAAAAGCGAGUCGCCGAGACGAUCGCUAGUGAAUUAGUAACAGACUUAAUUUCAUCGGUUGUGACAAAAAGUGAGAAAAGCAAUAGUGAGAAUAUUGUAACGGACGAUAACAGCCCGCAGAGGGUGAUACCCUCCGACCACCCACACGAGGGCAACGUCUUACCUCUCGAUGGUGAAUAUUUAGUCAAUUCUAGAACUGAAGAGGCUGAGAAAAUAGAGUUAGAAAAGGAAAAGAAAGACGAAGUUACCGAAGAAAAUGAGAAAAACGAAAGCCAAAGAGUCGAGAUAUCGACACCAGAAGAAGAGAAGGCGCCGGAAAUCCCGCCGAUAUCUACCAUUAGUGAGAGUAUUCCUUUAGCUAACAAAGACCAUGAAAGCGACGAAGAGCACCUUGAUGGUGAGCGAGACAAGAGGCGAGUGAGUUUACCUGGAGACAGCGAGAUGAAGCAAGACGGCAGCAGGGGGGAGGGCGUGGCCACGCAGGGGACUAACACUUCCACUUCGCCCAAGAGGCCGCGAAGCGCUUCCACUAGCACGCAGGUGGAUUCUAAUCAUUUCGAAACGAAGCGUCCGUCGAAGUGUUCCCGGCCGAUGUUCUCGCCGGGCCCCACGCGGCCCCCCUUCCGCAUCCCGGAGUUCCGCUGGUCCUACAUCCACCAGCGCCUGCUCUCCGACGUGCUGUUCUCGCUCGAGACGGAUAUACAAGUGUGGCGCAGUCACUCGACUAAGUCGGUGAUAGACUUCGUGAACAGCAGCGAGAACGCGAUCUUCGUGGUGAACACGGUGCACCUGAUCAGCCAGCUCGCAGACAACCUCAUCAUCGCGUGCGGCGGCCUGCUGCCGCUGCUCGCCUCCGCCACUUCGCCUAAUAACGAACUUGACGUAAUAGAGCCUACGCAAGGCAUGCCGGUGGAAGUGGCCGUGACCUUCCUGCAGCGGCUGGUGAGCAUGGCGGACGUGCUGAUCUUCGCCAGCGCGCUGAACUUCGCCGAGCUCGAGGCUGAGAAGAACAUGUCCAGCGGAGGCAUUCUCCGCCAGUGCCUGCGACUGGUGUGCACGUGUGCUGUGCGCAAUUGCCUCGAGUGCAAGGAGCGCCAGCGCUACGCGGCGGCCCGCACUGCCGCGCGCUCGCCCGACUCACCCGAGCCCAAGAGUGUGGUGGCAAGUCUCGCGGACACUUCGAGUCCAGUGAAGGACCCGGAACGACUGCUGCAAGAUAUGGACGUCAAUAGACUUCGAGCAGUUAUUUAUAGAGACGUGGUUUGGCAGGAGGAGACGAAGCAGGCGCAGUUCCUGUCGCUGGCCAUCGUGUACUUCAUCAGCGUGCUGAUGGUAUCCAAGUACCGCGACAUCCUGGAGCCGCCUGCGCACGCGCCGCCCGACUGCGCGCGCCGCCCCCACCACGCGCACGAGCAUCACGAGCACAAUGGAGAUGACGUGGAGUAUGCUAUGAUUGUGGUUGACGAAAACAAUUCCACUAUUAAUGACUUGGACUCACCCUCCAUGAAGGAGACGGAUGGAAAAGAAGAGGGCGUUGCCAAAAUAGAAACUACGACUGACGAACUGAAGCCAAAUACUGCGGACAAAGACAAGCCUAGUGAUAAGCCGGACUUGUCGCCCGCCUCGGACAAGGAAGAGCCGCUAUUCAAGUCGAGCCUGCGAGUCAAAACCCAGCUCAAGCCCAAGAGCGUGGACUCGAUAGAAGACGCGGGGUCCUUCCACCUGAACUCAAAUGAAACGACUAACAACGAUCCGGAGACAUCCAGCGAAAUCGCUUUAGAUGAUAACAAGCACCCGGUAAGUAAUGAUGAGUCGUGGACUGACGUGAAUCUGAAUGAGGAUGGUGAACGAGGCCCCGCUACCAUUACUGGCAGGACGAGAGACCACGAAGGAAAUAUACAUGAAGAUAUUGACAAACAAAUCCACAUGAGGAACUCUGAAUCGCACCACCAUAUUCAACAGAGGCAUCAGAACAGGAACCUGCAAGCCGCUCAGAGGCACUUGCAUCCUGACAACGAGACGUUAGCCGGCCUAAGUGCUAUGAACACAUCAAUGACCGCGGACGGCGUGUCCCGCGAAGCGUCCCUCACACACAAGCUGGAGACAGCUCUCGGACCAGUCUGUCCUCUGCUCAGAGAGAUCAUGCUGGACUUCGCGCCCUUCCUCUCCAAGACACUCGUCGGCAGCCACGGACAGGAACUGCUCAUGGAGGGUCUUCAAACUUUCAAGUCCAGUACAUCGGUGGUGGAGCUGGUGAUGCUGCUCUGCUCCCAAGAGUGGCAGAACUCGUUGCAGAAGCACGCGGGGCUGGCCUUCAUCGAACUGAUCAACGAGGGUCGGCUGCUGUCCCACGCCAUGAGAGAUCACAUCGUGAGGGUCGCCAAUGAAGCAGAGUUUAUAUUGAACAGGAUGAGGGCAGACGAUGUCCUUAAACAUGCUGAUUUUGAAUGCCUGUGCGCGAGCAGCAGUGCGGAGCGCGCGGAGGAGGAGCGCACGUGCGAGCGCCUGAUCCUGGCGGCGCGGCGCCGGGACCACGCCGCCGCCGCGCGCCUGCUCGACAAGCUGCGCCACGCCGCCGACCACGCGCACCCCACGCAGCCCAACACCGCCGCCGCCGCCUUGCCCGGCAGCAGCAGUCAGUUCUGGAAGCUGGACUCGUGGGAGGACGACGCGCGACGUCGGCGGCGCCUGGUCCCGGACGCGCGCGGCCGCCGCCACGCCGCCGCGCCCGCCCGCCCGCACCAUCACGCACACCAUCACGACGCUAUUCUACAGGCCACGGAGGAGCUUCACUCCCGCAUCGCGGCGGGCGGCGCGGGGCGCGGCGCGCAGCUGCCCACGCCGGCCGCCGCCGAGCUGCUGGACGACGCCGAGCUGCUGGUCGACGACCGCGAGAUAGAUGCGGACCUCACUGGACCAGUGAACAUAAGCACGAAGGCGCGGCUGGUGGCGCCCGGCCUGGUGGCGCCGGGGACCGUGUCGCUGACCUCCACAGAGCUGUACUUCGAAGUGGAUGAGGAGGAUCCGGAGUACAAGAAGAUUGACCCUGAGGUCUUAAAGUACUGCGAGCACCUUCACGGCAAAUGGUACUUCAGCGAGAUCCGCGCCAUCUUCUCUCGGCGCUACCUGCUGCAGAAUGUCGCCAUCGAGAUGUUCCUCGCAAGCAGAACAUCAAUAUUUUUCGCGUUCCCUGACCAAGCUACGGUGAAGAAGGUGAUCAAGGCUCUGCCGCGAGUCGGCGUCGGCAUCAAGUACGGGAUACCGCAGUCUAGACGUGCGUCGAUGAUGUCUCCGCGGCAACUCAUGCGCAACUCCAACAUGACGCAGAAGUGGCAGCGCCGCGAGAUCUCCAACUUCGAGUACCUCAUGUUCCUCAACACUAUCGCAGGACGCACGUACAAUGACUUGAACCAGUACCCGGUGUUCCCGUGGAUCCUGACGAACUACGAGAGCGAGGAGCUGGAUCUGAGCCAGCCGUCCAACUACAGAGAUCUUUCAAAGCCCAUCGGCGCGCUGAACCCGAGCCGGCGCGCCUACUUCGAGGAGCGCUACAACACGUGGGAGCACGAGUCCACGCCGCCCUUCCACUACGGCACGCACUACUCCACCGCCGCCUUCGUGCUCAAUUGGCUUGUCCGCAUUGAGCCAAUGACGACGAUGUUCCUCGCGCUACAGGGUGGCAAGUUCGACCACCCCAACAGGCUGUUCUCUUCCAUCGCUAUGUCGUGGAAGAACUGCCAGCGGGACACCUCUGAUGUUAAGGAACUAAUACCAGAGCUGUUCUUCCUCCCGGAGAUGCUGGUGAACAGCUCUGGCUACCGGCUGGGCAUCCCGGAGUCCCCCUCCGGUGACGUCAUCCUGCCGCCCUGGGCCUCCUCCGCCGAGGAGUUCGUGCGCAUCAACCGCAUGGCGCUGGAGUCCGAGUUUGUCAGCUGCCAGCUGCAUCAGUGGAUUGAUCUCAUAUUUGGCUAUAAGCAAAGAGGUCCCGAAGCGGUCCGUGCGACAAACGUAUUCUACUACUUGACAUACGAAGGCGGGGUCCGGCUCGACCAGAUCACGGAGCCUGUGACUCGCGCCGCCAUCGAGGACCAGAUCCGCAGCUUCGGGCAGACGCCGGCGCAGCUGCUGAGCGAGCCGCACCCGCCGCGCGCCUCCACCAUGCACCUGGCGCCGCUCAUGUUCGCGGCCGCGCCUGAUGACGUCUGCCUCCGACUGAAGCUGCCUUCGAACGCCGCUGUAGUACACGUCUCAGCUAACACGUACCCACAAUUGGCGAUGCCGGCUGUUGUCACGGUGAGCGCGGCCCGCGCGUUCGCGGCGCACCGCUGGGCGGGCGGCGGCUGCGCGCACGCGCCGCUCGCGCCGCACGCGCCGCACGCGCCGCGCCACCCGCCCGACCACGCGCACCACCCGCACCACCCGCUGCUCAUGGACCCCGUCUGGGCGGCGGGCGGCGCGCAGGCCCUCUCGCGGCGCCAGCUGGGCGACAACUUCUCCCAGCGCGUGCGCGCGCGCAGCAACUGCUUCGUGACCACCGUGGACUCGCGCUUCCUCAUCGCCGCAGGCUUCUGGGACAACAGCUUCAGAGUCUUCUCUACCGAGACUGCAAAAAUAGUACAAAUAAUAUUCGGUCACUACGGCGUGGUGACGUGCGUGUGUCGCUCGGAGUGUAACAUCACGUCUGACUGCUACAUAGCGUCCGGGUCAGAGGACUGCACUGUGCUGCUGUGGCACUGGUCAGCCCGUCACGGCGGCAUCGUGGGCGAGGGCGAGACCCCCGCGCCGCGCGUCACGCUGACGGGACACGACGCGCCCAUCAACGGUGUGCUGGUCUCCGCUGAACUGGGGCUCGUCAUCUCAUCAUCAGUCAACGGCCCAGUCCUGAUCCACACGACGUUCGGCGAGGUCCUGCGCGGGCUGUCGGCGGCGGAGGGCGUGUGCGGGCCGCAGCAGCUGGCGCUGUCGCGCGAGGGCGUGGUGGUGGUCGCCUACGCUAAGGGACACCUCGCCGCAUUCACACUCAAUGGCCGCCGGCUCAGGCACGAGACGCAUAACGAUAACUUCCAGUGCCUGGUGUUGUCCCGCUGCGGCGAGUACCUGGUGUGCGGCGGCGACGCGGGCGUGGUGGAGGUGUGGCGCGCCUUCACGCUGGCGCCGCUGUACGCCUUCCCGCCCGCCGGCGCGCCCGUCUGCAGCCUCGCGCUCUCACACGACCAGAAGUUCCUGUUAGCGGGUCUCGAGAAUGGCUCCCUGGUUGUAUUCCACAUAGACUUCAACAGAUGGCACCACGAGUACCAACAGCGGUACUAAGCGGUGCGCUAUCCUAGUUCAUAAUAUUAAUGAAAAUAAUUCAAUUACCAGAGCGACAUGCUUGUACCAUACGACGCGGCCCCAUGACUCAAAUUGAUCACCUAGGUUACUAAGGCAAUGUCAAUUUCGUCAGAUAGCGUCAGAUGCUACAAGUCUGUCUUAGGCUUUACCGUUCGCAGCUAGUUAACGAUGUUAAGCUCAGAUUAGGCGAUAGAACGUAAUAGAAUAAGGCUAUUACGAUAAAACCGCCGUUCUUCACUAUUUUAAAUACAAAUCGUCUAAACGCGGGUAGUUCGAAAUUUUUAUAUAGCCGGCUAAGCUCAACAUGUACUAAAUUAAUUUAUAUUGAGAUUAUAUUCUCUAAACGGCGAUCUACUUAUAUAGCAAAGUAAUUAAAUGCGUUGGAUAGUGAAGAACAGUGUUAUUAAUACUAAGUUCAUUGUGGUUGUUUCAAUACAAGACGUCGGUCACCAAUUAUGUUUAAAACCACCACACUGGAUAAACCUUUAAAUUAUUGAUAUCUUGUUGGGUUGUAAAAACGUUUUCGUCACACUAAUGCUGUAUUGGAUGAAAAAGGUAAUUAGCAAGUGGCAAGUAAGUACUUAAUUAGUCUUAAGUUACAUUGACAUUCCAAUGAUUUUAUUAUGAUUUAUUUAGCAACAAUUAAUUGUAUUAAAAUGUAAAGAUAUAUUUAAAUCAUACGACUUCAAAACAUUCCAUAUUUAUUUUGUACAGAUCUAUGAAAUUUCAAUUUAUUUUAUUUGAAGACUUUUUGAGUGUAAUCGUAUUUAUAAAUUACUUAUUUGCAGUACUUAUAUAUUGUAAUAUUAAGUCAAAAUGAAGUCGCAUUGAUUUAUUGUCAUUGUUCCACCUGCCUAUUACUAUUGGCUUUUGGGCCUCGACUUAAAACAUAUAAAUGUUGCCAACGCAAAUAAAUUACUUAAACUAUAGAUAUUUUUGUUUAAUGCAAUAGUGUAGUUCAUAGAGUGUAGUAAAUAUACAGUGUAGCGCCAAAGGUUGAAGGAAUAUGGUUGUCUUGUCUGAAAAAUCACUUCAAUCUUAAUAAAACUCUCUGCUGUAUCGUAGUCCUUCAGGCUUUGGCCGCCAAUACUAAUGUUGAUUUUUAUUACGUGAAGCAAUUAAUUUACAAUAAAUUAUUUAUGUAGUGCCAUAGGGAAAGAUAAAUAACUUUACGCAAUAUAGUGUGUUUAUGAUUUUAUUUAUGUAACUAAGAUCUCCUGUUGAUGACGUCCAUUUUAGUUUUUUCGAGAUUUUAUCUGUAUUAUUUAUUUUUAUUGACUUUGCAAGUGCAAUAUUUUCUUACUUAUAAAUCACUUUCUAUCUAGCUAUCUUAAUUGAAUAUAUUUCGAAAGUAUUUAAAUUAUCAAUCGUGCUUGCUCUAUCCUUCAUUCCUAGUUAUUUGAAAUUAAUUGAAACAUUCCUAUAUUUUACUCUUGUGCUAUUUUAAUGGUGGUGGGUAAACAAGUACUUAAUUUUGAUUAUUAUGAUAAAUAAUUGACGUUGUUGUAAUUAUUUUUGGUUUUUAUUAAAUGGUUAUAGCGAA